AUAUAAAGCACAUGCAUGAUUUCACUGCUAGCUUUAGCUUUUCCUUUUUAUAAGUCUCGCUAAGGAAAGUUGCAUUAUUGUCUUGAGCUAUGGCUUCUGCCAAAGUUAUUUUCACUUUCUUUCUCGUCUUUGCCUUCAAUCUUCUAGUUCUUCCUCGUGCAUGCGAUGCAUUCCUUCUAAAGAGACAUCGAUAUGGAUGUGGGUUUGAUGCAAUUUAUCAACUAGGGGAUUCCACAUCAGACACUGGCAAUUUGAUCCAAGAGGAUCCUGCAUCUCUAUUUGCUCGACGUCCUUAUGGUGAAACCUUUUUCAAGAAGCCAACAGGUAGAUGCUCAAAUGGGUUGUUGAUGAUUGACUAUAUAGCAAUUUCAGCUGGCAUUCCCUUUCUUGAUGCCUAUCUGAAUCCAAAUGCUAAAUUUGGUCGUGGCCGGGGAGUGAAUUUUGCUGUUGCUGGUUCUACUGCUUUGCCUGCACAUGUCCUAGCAGAGAAGGGAAUUUUAUCUGCAGUCACUAACAGUUCUCUGAGCACACAACUUGAUUGGAUGUUCACCUAUUUUAAUGGAAUAUGUUAUGAUGAAAAAGAUUGUGUUGAGAAACUUAAAUCAUCUCUUUUCAUGGUUGGAGAGAUUGGAAGCAAUGAUUAUAGCUAUGCAUUAUCUCAAGGCAAAACCAUGGAGGAAGUAAAGACAAUGGUACCUGAUGUUGUUGGAGCCAUAAAGGAAGCUAUUAAGAGUGUAAUAGGUUAUGGCGCGAGACGAGUGGUUGUUCCAGGAAAUUGUCCGAUUGGAUGUCUGCCAAUUUAUCUUACCGGAUUCCAAACCAAUGAUACUACUGCGUAUGAUGACUUUUACUGCCUAAAGGAAUUAAACAAUCUUUCAAUCUAUCACAAUCAGCAUCUCCAACAAACCAUUGAAGAUUUGAGGAAAGAAAAUCCCAACGUGACUAUAGGAUAUGGUGACUAUUACAAUGCAUACCUUUGGAUUUUGACUCAUGCCCUAUCACUUGGUUUUGAUGCAAAAUCUUUACAAAAAACUUGUUGCGGUAUCGGAGGUGAUUACAAUUUUAGUCCCUUGAAAAUGUGUGGAGCUACUGGUGUACCUGUUUGUCCUGAACCAAAUAGACUUAUCAGCUGGGAUGGUGUUCAUUUAACACAAGCAACAUAUCAGCACAUAGCAAGUUGGCUUAUCCAUGAUAUGUACAAAAACCAUCAGUGUAGUUUCUAUUACUGA